AGAGCAGAGCACAAUGCCGUUCCUGCACGGCUUCCGCAGGAUCAUCUUCGAGUAUCAGCCUCUGGUAGACGAGAUCUUGAGCUUGGUGGUGAUACAGGAUGUGGAGCAGCAGAGUGCCCUUGAGAGCCCUGCCUGUCUGGGCAGCGACAGGAGCCAGCUCUCAGCUGUGAGACGAGUGUUGGAGAGGGAGACGCAUUCACCGUUUUAUCAGGAAGGGGUGAGCUAUGCCCUGCUGAAGGUCACCGAGCUGGGGCUCGUCCCUGCUGCAGAAAUCCUCCUGGAGUUUGGAGCUGACCUCAGCUUUGAAGAUCCAGUCACCUACUACACCCCCCUGCACAUCGCGGUGCUCCGCAACCAGCCGGAUAUGGUGGAGCUCCUGGUGCAGCACGGGGCUGACAUCAACCGCAGAGACCGGAUUCACGAGAGCAGUCCCCUCGAUCUGGCCAGCGAGGAGCCCGAGCGGCUGGCGGGACGGCUGCUUCAGCUGGGGGCCGAUGUCAACGCGGCUGACAAAAACGGAAAGACAGCACUGCUGCACGCCCUGGCCAGCAGUGAUGGUGUCCAGAUCCACAACACCGAGAGCAUCCGUCUCCUGUUGGAAGGAGGCGCGGAUGUCAGAGCCACCACCAAAGAUGGUGACACUGUCUUCACCUACAUCAUCUUCCUGCUGGGAGAGAUGGUGUGCAGCAACACCGAGGAGGCCCAGGUGAUCAGUCGCUUCUGCUUUCGUGUCACACAGCUGCUGGUGGCUCACGGUGCCAACCCCAGCGAGUGUCCGGCCCCUGAGUCCCUCACCCACCUCUGCUUCAAAAGCUUCAAACACCACUUCCCGCUGCUGCGCUUCUUGCUGGAGUCGGGUGCUGCCUACAACUGCUCCCUCCACGGUCCUUCCUGCUGGUCAGGCUUCCACAUCAUCUUUGAGUGCCUCUGCUCGCACCUCAGCGUCUCUGAAGAUGACAGCUUCUCUACAGACCUCAUCCAGAAAGCUCAGACUCUGCUGGAGCUCAUGAUGGCCAGUUCACAAGCCAUCCAGCUGCCCAGCAACUUUGAGGUCAACACCAGCAGCUGUAGGUACCACGGGGAAAAGAUCAGGACUCUUUUCUGCUCUCUGAAGCAGCUGGAGCGCUCCCCACAGGCACUGAAACAUCUCUGCAGGGUGUUUAUCCGGCAGCGCCUUAAACCGUGGCCAGUUGACAUCAAAAUCAAGGCUCUACCUCUUCCAGACAGGCUGAAGUGGUACCUCCUCAUUGACCACGCUGCUGCUGGGCACGAGGACCUCUGA